AUAAAGAAGUGGUUCCCUUUGCCUUUCACUGGUAUCAGUCAAUCUUGAGGCAAAUGCAAAUGCUGAAAAAGCCUUAAUUUUUAGCAAGAUAAGAGCUCUCUUUAUACUCGCAUUCGACUGUGACCCAAGCUUUUGUGAGCUGACUAUGAAAGCGUCGGUUUGACGAAAAUUGUGGAUUAAUCCGCAUUUAUCCCCCUUAUCGUGUGCGUCAGGUAUUCACUUCGCCGGCACUAACCGCCUGUUUGCCUAACGAAGAUACAUUUUUCUGAUGGAAAUUCCAUUUUCUAAAACCCAAGCCAGGAUAGUAUACGACAACACUGAGAAAUUCCAUGGUAAACAAGUUUUUAUCACCUGGCGUCAACACUAAGCGCGUGAAGAGAACGACGUGAAAAGCGCCACAAUGAACAAUACCAGCACAGUGUUAAUACCACGAAUAGUAAGGUCCAACCUUCUUAGUCAAGAAACAGAGCUGGCCAUCUACUACCUUACUCUCUUCAUCGGAGUCACAGGAAACUUCCUGGUCUUUCUAUCGAUUGCAAUGAGAGGACUACGCCUUGUGAGACCGAAUGACAUCUUCAUUUUGAAUCUCGCCGCCUCGGAUCUCCUCAUGCUAGUCGUAUUCAUACCAUUUAGUAUCCACAUACGAGUAGCAGUAUUCAACCCCAGUGUAUUUAUAUGCAAGUGCAUGGCUCCAGUAAUUACAGUCGCUCUCGGUGGAGCUGUCUUUACACUGACUGUGAUGGCCCUUCAUCGCUGGCAGAUGAUUGUCAAUCCAUUCCAACGAGAUAUUACCAACCGGACGGCGUGCAUCCUGGUCAGCGGAAUCUGGGUGCUGAGUCUAGCCCUGGCGGUACCCAAGAUCCUUUUCGCCACGCCUUGGGAAUAUAAACGUAUCUGCAUAAUCCGAUGGCCAUCUAAAGAUUACGUGAGCGCGUACACGGUUGCGUUAUUCGUGAUUCGAUUCGUGAUUCCAUUCACGCUUAUCGUGUUCUCGUAUGUUCGGAUGGGAAUUUCUCUCUCACGAACACAUGCGCCACGCUUCCGAAAAGACUCAAGAGGGAACAUUCUGAAUCUCACAAACCGCCGCGAGAAUUUCGAAGUGAUUAGGACACUCACCGUGAUUGUCGUGUUGUUUUUUGUGUGCAUGUUUCCUUAUCGCGUAUCACUACUUCUUCAGAUGUUUGGCCAUAGCAAGAAUGUUAUCGUUUCUCAAGUAUACCGUGCGUCUGCCCUUGCCACUGUUUUUCAUUCUUGUGUGAAUCCGUUGAUUUACUGCGCCGUGUUGUCGAGAUUUCGAGAUGACUUUUUUAGAAUCGGCAAAUUCAUCUUUUGUAUGGGUGGAUGCAGGAGAAAGGCGAAUCGGCCCCUUGCAGGGGAGGGGAUGAAGAUAUUGCAGAGCGCAGAGAGUGAUGGCAGUGGUGACACCCUACAACAAACGACUAGUAUUUAAAACGUACCAAAGGCAGAAAGAACUGACGCGUUAGCACUCCGUAGACCAUCGGAUUAAGGCAGCUAUGAAUAUACUGAAGCAUUGGGGAAUACCUGAGUACGACAGAAAAUAAUACUUUUCA